UCAAAAUCGCAUCACUCUCUUUUACUAAAAAAUCAAUAAAAAUCGAAUGUAUUACGUGGUAUAGACGGUUUCUAUAGAAAACAUUACAUCAAGCGGAGCAAAUUGCAGAGGAACUCUUCCUCAGAAUACUAAAAUAAAAUAGAAACAGUAAUCGCUGCUUAAACUUACAGUAGAUACAAAAUGUGCUGUGGAGAAGGUUGCAGGCCGUUGGCCUUUCUUCUAGGCCUCCCUUUUGCUCUCCUCUCUCUUCUCGUCUCUCUCGUCGGCGUCAUCGUUUGGAUCAUCGGGUUGAUGUUGAGUAUAAUAUGCCCGUGUUGCAUAUGUGUAACUUUGUUAGUUGAAUUGGCGUUGGAGUUGAUAAAGGCCCCUAUCCACGUUAUGGAGUGGUUUACCAAUCAAAUCCCUUGUUAAGACUUAAUUUCCAUUGAUUACAGUCUUCAUCUAUCAUUUUGCGUUUUUUUUUCAUUCUUCUUAAUUUUUGUAUAAUUCUAAAUGAUUAUGGUGUUGUUGAUGAAUUGAUAUUAGCUUCUUUAAUCUUUUUGGUGUAUGUAUUAUUCACAAGAUCCUUUUCGGGUUACUUUGUUAUCA